CACAACCACCAGCCACAGUUCCCGCCGGAUCAUGGCCUCCAAGAUCGAAAAGACGCUCGCGCGACAACGCGAAAAGAUCGCAGAGGGCCAGUACUACGAAGCCCACCAGCAACUCCGCGUAAUCGCAUCGCGCUACACAAAAGCCAGCGACUGGACAAACGCAAUCUCGAUCCUGCACCAGGGCGCACAAUCGCUACUACAGGCCGGCCAAGGGGGCUCGGGCGGCGAUCUCUGCAUCUUCCUGCUUGACGUGUACAACAAGGGCGAGGUCAAAGUAGAUGGCGAGAGCAAAGGACGAUUACUAGCGCUCCUGCGGGCGUUCCCCAAGGACGAGCCGACAAAGAAGAAGUUUGUGGGCGAGAUGGUGGCGUGGAGUUCGCGGUUUGGCGACUUUCCCGCCGGCGAUCCAGAGAUACAUCAUGUAGCCGGGGGACUGUAUGCCGAAGAGCUGGAACCCUACGACGCAGAACGCCAUCUCCUCCUCGGCACCCAAGACAGCGCCGCAACCCUCGCCUCCCUCCACUACUCAUGGUACACGUCGGACGAACCGCACACGGCCGCCCUCUACUGCGCCCGCGGCGUCCUGCCGUACCUCCUUACGGGCAACCUCCGAGCCGCGAACAAGUACUUCCUGCUCUUCACAUCGGCGCUCGAGAAAGUCCCAAACCCACCCACACAAGCCGUGUCGACAAAAUCCACCGAGUUCCGCGUAUACCCGUCACUGCCGCUGCUCAACUUCCUCGGCCUGCUGCUGCUGAGCGUCGAGAGGGGAGACCCGAGUUUGUGGCGCCAGCUCAAGAGCCACUAUGCGAGCGACCUCAAGGACGUCAACUGGGGCGAGGCGCUGGACCAGAUUGGCGAAAUGUACUUUGGCAUCAAGAUCCCGCGACAGGGCAACCCCAUGUUUGACAUGCUCGGGAGCAUGUUUGGCGGCGGCAUGGGAGGCGCGAAAUAGGCGGUUGGAGGCAGAGCGCCGCCAACGGCAGGGCUGGACUGAGCAGAGGCAGGGCAGCAGGCAACGUGAAAAGGGCAGAACGCAUUACGAUGCUACGGCACCAGA